UACCGUUUCUUCCUUGGGACUAACGUUACUGGUCAGUGCUGUCAAGGCGUCCCGUAGGAGAAGACCUGCACCAAAGAAUGUGGAUAAACCUGUUAUAAGACAGUGCAAACGUUAGUCCUACAUCAAAUGAUGGAAGUGCAGGACCAGGAGUCUCUGGGGAGAUGGGUCGGGCUGGGCAGCCGGGAUACCAUCUCCAGAACUGAAGCCAUGGAGAACAUCCGCCAGGAGGUCAUGAGGAAAGCAGAGGCCAUCGGACCCAUACCAUCAUCGGCCCUGUCACCCUCAGCCUCUGGAAGCCCUCCCAACAGUGACCUGAAUGAUAUCCUGACUCACCUUCUCAUGCUGUCCAAACGGUGUCCCUUUGAAGAUGUCAGGGAGCGAUGCAUUCGGCUUCUGCAGGCCGUCCAGGACUUGGGAGUAAGGAUCCCAAGACCCUUAGGUAACGGACCAAGCAGAUUCAUCCCUGAAAAAGAGAUUCUGAAAGUCAGUAAAGUGGACACCCGGACACAGUCAAUAUUUGAGGAUGCGUUUGCAGCCCUCGGUCGCCUCGACAACAUUUCUCUGGUGAUGGGCUUUCACCCGCAGUACCUGGAGAGUUUUCUCCGGACGCAGCACUACUUGCUGCAAAUGGAUGGGCCGCUCUCUUUGCACUACCGACACUACAUUGGCAUCAUGGCAGCCGCUAGGCACCAGUGUUCCUACUUGGUCAACCUGCAUGUGAACGACUUCCUCCAGGUCGGGGGUGAUCCCAAGUGGCUGAACGGCCUGGAUGAAGCCCCGCAGAAGCUGCAGCAGCUCGGGGAGCUCAACAAAAUCCUGGCCCACCGGCCUUGGCUUCUCACCAAGGAACACAUGGAGGGCCUUCUUAAGGCAGAGGAACACAGCUGGUCCCUUGCAGAGCUCAUCCAUGCCGUAGUCCUCCUCACACACUACCACUCCCUCGCCUCGUUCACAUUCGGCUGCGGCAUCACACCCGAGAUCCACUGCGACGGCGGACACACUUUCAGACCCCCCUCCCUCAGCCAGUACUGCGUCUGUGACAUUGCCAAUGGCAACGGUCAUGCUAAUCACCAUGAUGAUCCGCUUGGCAACCAGGAGAUGUGUGGCGAGGUGGAGGUGCUGAUGGAGCGCAUGAAGCAGCUGCAGGAGUGCCGCGACGACGAGGAGGCUAGCCAGGAGGAGAUGGCGACUCGCUUUGAGAGGGAGAAGACGGAGAGCAUGCUGGUGGUCACGGCGGAGGACGAGGAAUGUGUUCCCUCCAGAGACAUCUCCCGACACUUUGAGGACCCCAGCUACGGCUACAAGGACUUCUCCAGGAGGGGGGAGCAUGUGCCCACAUUCAGAGUGCAGGACUACAGUUGGGAGGAUCACGGUUUCUCUCUGGUCAACAGACUGUACCCGGAUGUUGGUCAGAUGCUGGACGAGAAGUUCCAGAUGGCCUACAAUCUGACCUACAACACCAUGGCAACACAUAAGGAUGUGGACACCAGCAUGCUGCGCAGGGCCAUCUGGAACUACAUCCACUGCAUGUUUGGCAUCAGGUAUGAUGACUAUGAUUACGGGGAGAUUAACCAGCUUCUGGACCGUAGCUUUAAGAUCUAUAUUAAGACCAUGGUGUGUAGUCCUGAGAAGACCACCAAACGAAUGUAUGAGAGCUUCUGGAGGCAGUUUCAGCACUCCGAGAAGGUCCACGUUAAUCUGCUUCUAAUGGAAGCGCGAAUGCAGGCAGAACUGUUAUACGCUCUGAGAGCGAUCACCCGCUACAUGACAUGAAGUGCUUUUGGCGUUUUUAUCGUUGUCUUUUUACUGUCAUUGUUGUUGCUCACUAUGGGACACUUCAAAGAGAAGAGAGGAAGGUGAAGAAAAAAAAAAAAAAAGGAAAAUCAAAGGGGGGCGGGGGGUGGGUGACGGGGAUACAACAAAAAUGUGCAAGAGAGAUGAGAUGGCCUGGGUUUUGACGGUGCUUGUCGGAUGGAUGUUGAGAAGAGGAUCAGAACAAAUGAAGAAAAAAAAGAAAAAAAAGAGAGAAAUGUUGAAGAAAGUCAUCUCAAACUACAAGUGGAUACUCAACACAGAUUGUGUUGCCUGCAGUGCCAAAACUGUCCAUGAGAGGGCAGCCUGGAGCAAACUACUGCGUUGCUGGGGAGUUUGUGUCCGGCCUGAGCACUGAUACCAGAGGCAUCCAGGUCGACAGUUCAGUAUUCCAGCAUGCAACACGUUUGUUGCCAAUCUCUUUGGCCCCCUGGCAGAGUGAAGACUCACAAAAACCACCCAGAAAGCUAUGCAGCCAGAAACAGUCUGCAUUUUGAUUCUGUUGUCACUGUUAUAUUUGUUUAGUUUCUUUAUUAUCUUUUUAAGGGAAGAGGAUGUUGUUGUCGAUGUGGUUGCUGUUAGUAGUAACUGGAGAUGGAAUCAUUAACUUUGGGCAGUGUUUUUUUGUUUGUUUGUUUUUUUUUACGUGUGCCUGAACUAUCCAGCACAGUGUGCGUGAUGUGCUGAUGCUGCUGCUCCAAUGUUGUAUCCAGCGGGGUCAUAUUGAUCCCUAAAUCACCCACCCCAACCCCAUUACGUCCCCCUAAGCCCCUAUCCAUUUGAAAUCCAUUGCAUUACCCCCCUCCCACUUGUCCUCUACCCCCUAUCCCAAAUCUCAAACGUCAAUGUAAGCUAAUCCAAGGAGUGUGUGGAAAUUAGAGAGAUGUGGAAAGAAACUCAAAGAACACUGAGCCCUUUUUGAGUUUGACUGUACACGUGUGGAUGAGUUGACUGAGGUGUGUGUGUGUGUGUGUGUGUUUCACAGAAAUGACGGAGGGGAAAAAAGUCUUCUUUGAAUUUCAUGUGUCAAAAAAAGCGAGGCACUUUGAAGGGAAGACUUCUUGCUUCUGCUGUAGCUCUGUUAUUGUGAGGUAACUGUUUAUCAUUUAUUGUUGAGGAUGUCUUUAUUUUCCUGGGGAGAAAAAAAGCUAAUAAAAAAGAAAGUUGGAAACCAGGUUUUCCAGGAGGGAUUUGCUUCCGGUUGCCCUAACCACACCUUUUCUGUCUUCCGCUUAUCCCAGCUGCCUGGUCACCCUAACACUUUCAAAGCUUUGGAUUGUGAAUUUUACCAGUAAUGAAUACCUCUUCUGUUUUUCUCUUGAAAACAUAUAAGAAGUGCUCUUUGGUGAGCAGAGACUCUUUCUGGGCUGCCAUGUUCCCAUUUCUCUGGGACCUGGCUAGCCCACACAGGGCCGACUGCGGUUGACAGUUGUCAAACGCAAAAGGUUGUAGCUGUGCUUAUAUCCCUGCUGGGGAAGUCUAACCAGCGCAAAAGCCGCUUUUGUGUUUUUGUUGUUUUAAAAAAAAAAAAAAAGUUUUGUUUUUUUGUUUACUAAAACCAGUUGUGUACUGCAUUCUUCUGAGGGUGGAUUGAGAGAAUAAGACAGAUGAAUGAGUGAUACCUGGAGGAGGGAGGUGGUGAUGAUGAUGAUAAAAGAAUGGUACAUUUGGAAGUGAUUUGAGAGAAAGUGGAGAUUUUUUUUUCCAAACUUCUGACUGAUGUCAGUUACUGACACUUUUUUUAUAUGAAAAUAUAUAUAUAUAAAAAAAAAAGACGAGAAAUAAACUAUCAUAUUGAAUUGUUGUGUAUCAUUCGUAGUUUUCUCCUAAACAAUUUGAAUGCAUUGCUUCAUCAAAGAAAUUGUACUCAAUUUGGAGAGGCCUACACAAUUCAUCAACGGUCACUGCACAAUCAGUAUCACCAUCGGCUCACUUCCACUGCUCAGUUGCACAAGUAUAACCCAUGGUAAUUAGUAAGCAUAUUUGAAUGCUGCUAUGCAAAAGGUGACUCAUGAAAAGACAUGGAGUGUUUAUUCAAUCACCUUAUGUUCCAAAGUACUCUCAGCUCUUUGAUAAUAAAGCUGACUUCAUCAACAGUAAGCUGAACUCAGGGGAACAGUUCAGUUUGUCAUCAGUACGGUCCAUGGACUUUCAUGUGAAUUUCAUUUUACUGUACAAGCUUGAGAUCUGUAUGACUCAGGGAACCAAAUAAUGGUCCCUGUUCCUGUGGUGCGUUCAAGGUCAAGGUUUCUCUUUGCUCCCGACCUACAUUUGGCUCGAGAUAAGGGGGGAUUCCUUGUAGGACACCAUACCUCUCUUUCCUGUUUGCCCCCAUUCCACUCCUCCCUGGGAAAAUCCUUGACUUCCCCGAUGAGGCUGGUAAUCCUCAAAAAAAAACUUCAGGGUGUUUUCCACAGAGGCCAAUCUGUCAAUUCUCAAUUGCCAGGAGAAACCCUCCGACCACACUGCCUUCACAUUUUGGUGGCUUUCCCAGACAAUACUUGGGAUAGGAAACAUUUACUAAGCAACCUUCAAUAUCAGCCAGCCAACUGUCUUUCAUAUCAACCUGAUAAAUUCUAUGUAGAGAACAAUGUUUGUUAUUAGCACUGGCCAAUGCGUUGUUUAGGGGUUUUUGAAACAUCAGCUUGUCUUGUGGUUGUUUUAAGGUCACUAUUGUGUGAAAACUGGGAGAACUGACACCGCGGUUCCUGAUUUGUUUCAAUGUAAUAACGAUGUGUUUUUGAAAUGCUGUACUUUAGGCUACUUGCUGUAACUUGUAAGCCAUGCCUGGCCCCAUAUAUGUGUAACAAUAAAGGCUUUGAGAAGCAAAA